AAGUGCACGUCGGCCAGCUCGCUCGCUCCACCCCCCCGGGGACCUGGUGUGGAGAAAUUUGAACCCGCAGCCCCCGCGCCGAGAAGGCCGGCUUCCCGGGCCCUGCCCAGGCGUGCAGGGGCCUGAGCGGAAUGGGCGGCGCGGCCGUGUUUCCGAGGACUCCGUGAAGCCGGCUCCGGUCCUCCCCCAUGGAGGCUCCCGCCGUGGAGUAGCGCGGCCGCCGUCUCCUCCGCCGAGCGGGUGCACCUGUGUCCGGACGCGCGGGUGUCUCCGAGGGAGCACGGAGUGACCGGUCGGCGGCACCGAGGGACCUCGGGGGCGGCGCGGCCAGGUCGCCGCUCGGAGCAGCCCCUCUGCCCGCCGGCUAACCCCGUCGCCGCGAGCAGGAACUUGCGAGCAAGUUUUCGCUGGGCAAGAUGGGGGAGCAACCUAUCUUCAGCACCCGAGCUCAUGUCUUCCAGAUCGACCCAAACACAAAGAAGAACUGGGUCCCCACCAGCAAGCAUGCAGUGACUGUGUCUUACUUCUACGACAGCACAAGGAAUGUGUACAGGAUAAUCAGCUUAGACGGCUCAAAGGCAAUAAUCAACAGCACCAUCACCCCAAACAUGACAUUCACCAAAACGUCUCAGAAGUUCGGCCAGUGGGCCGACAGUCGGGCAAACACUGUUUAUGGACUGGGAUUCUCCUCAGAGCAUCAUCUUUCCAAGUUUGCAGAGAAGUUCCAGGAAUUUAAAGAAGCUGCUCGGCUGGCCAAGGAGAAGUCCCAGGAGAAGAUGGAACUCACCAGCACACCUUCGCAGGAAUCAGCUGGUGGGGAUCUCCAGUCUCCUUUAACACCGGAGAGUAUCAACGGGACAGAUGAUGAGAGGACACCUGACGUGACACAGAACUCGGAGCCAAGGCCUGAGCCCACGCAGAACGCAUUGCCGCUUUCACAUAGAGUUACAGAGAGGCAGAGGCAGAGAGAGAGAGAGAGGUCUUCCAUCCGCUGGUUCACUCCCCAAUUGGCCGCAACAGCCGGAGCUAUGCCGAUCCAAAGCGAGGAGCUUCUUCCGGGUCUCCCAGGUGCGAUUAGUCCCUGGCUGAAAGAAACUGAGGCGGCAGGAACACGGCAGUCGGAGCAGACGGAUCCCAUUUCUAACCUGGAGAGUGUAGAGAAGUAGGACCUUUGAAGAGGACGCUCGCUCGCGGCCUGGACUCCUGUGUGUGCCGGGCAGCACUGCCUCCACCUAGAGGAAGAGGCAGGCACUUGGCUGGCCUCUGGGGUUUUGUUCCUCGGCCAUCUUGCCAUUAUAUCUACUGAUUUUCAGAAGACUAAAAAGCCUCCGAUGGGGAAAACUUCUGUCUGUUAAGAAUCAAAAAAGGUGUUAUUCCUGAGCAAGAAGGUCGGAAUUAGCAAACGAAGUUUCCGGAACUGCUAAGUUGAACCAGUUCAGUGAUGCCAUUACCUUUGUGUAGUUGUUUUUUGUCCUACAGUCUGAUACUCAUGCCUUACCCAGCUUAGUUUGUUGUCCCAUGUGGACACGUAACUCCCUACCUCACAGGGAUGUUGUGAGGCACGUGUUAAGUGUUCCUAACAAAAAAUGAGAAAUAAUGAUUCUUGCCUGUUUCCUUGUUGAUAGUUUUUAUAGUCAUAAGAUUUUAUUUUAAUAUUUACAAGUUAAGCAUGAUUAGUAGGUAACAUUUUAAGUGAAGACAAGGAAAUUGUAUUUUUUAUCUGUGAGAUUCUUAUAUGAAGAGUAAUUUGUUGAAUGUUAAAUUGAUUUUUUGUCUGAGAAAUUUUAUAUAAUUUAUAAUUAAAGAAAAACUGAAGUAAAACUGCCUGGUUUCCCCUUUUAUUUGGCUGGGAGUUAAUUAUUCAUACUUCUUAGAUCAAAAGUAAUAUGCAGUUUACCAAAUUCUAAUGGUAGAAAUGAACAGCACAAUGAAAUAGGUACAAAUUAAAGGGAGGGAAAAUGAAGACUCAGUUAUUAAGUACAGGUGAAGUGCUAGCAAUAUUUUCAUUAAAAGUAGGAUUGCAGUAGAAAGAGAUUGGAUAAACAUGCUUCGUAUCACUAGUAAGUAAGGGAAAAAAUACCCAAGUGAGUUAACUGAGACGUGGGAAUCUCUUAGUUGCCUGCAGAAUUUUGCUUCAUUUGUGUGGUUUAAUCUUUUUAUCCUGUUUUGGGAAUUAAUUGUAUAAUGUUUUUGGAUUCACCUACAUCAGCCAACCUGUUUCUCUCAGUCACAGCCUGGAGGUGGUCACAGUGUGUGAGGUACCAUGUGUGCCUCGCUUUGCACACAGCAUGUGGGCUCUUGAUGGCUCACAUGCUUCUCCAGGGACCCUGCUGCUCCCGGGGUCAGACACGGCACGGCCCACUCACUCAGUGUUCAGUUUGUUCACGUGUUAACCUGGUGUGGGAUUAGGAACUAUAGAGAAGACCAGUCACUGGCCCUCAGUUUGUCCCUGUAAUUGUUCCUGUGUCACAGUGUGAUGGUUUUCCCUCACUGAAGCAUUUUAUGUGUAUAUUAACAUGAGCAUUUUUUAAUGACCUGAGUGAUACAAAUUGGUCCACAGUGUAGUAGUCUUCAUCCACAUCCAUCCCAACACACAUAUAUUUGAAUGCUAUAGCAAGAAUAAUGUUAUGGAAAUUCUUAUGUCAUGAUGAAAAAGUAUGUAAAGAGUUAGAUCGAUGAUAAUCAUGAAAUAAAACUCAAGCUCUUUACAAUAAUGCGGCACCUCAUUUCCAUGGUCUCCAUUGCCUGUUUGUACACUAAAAAUGAAAAUUUGUUCUAAGAAGUUAUUUUCUGAAUAAAAUAUCCAGAGGAAGUGUGCUUUCUUUAUUUACAAUAGCAUCUAGUACACUUUGUGUGCUCUUCUGGCCAAUCUCCUAGAGAGAAAAUACUGAAGUUAGUAAAGCAAUCUGUGAUCAGAGAGAACCAAGAAAUGCAGGGGCCGGCACUGUGGCACAGCGGGUUAAAGCCCUGGCCUGAAGCCCUGGCAUCCUGUUUGGGCACCGGUUCUAGUGCCGGCUGCUCCUCUUCCGAUCCAGCUCUCUGCUAUAGCCUGGGAAAGCAUUAGAAGAUGACUCAAGUCCUUGAGCCCCUGCACCCACGUGAGAACCUGGAAGAAGCUCCUGGCUUCAGAUUGGCACAGCCCUGGCCGUUGGGGCCAUCUGGGGAUUGAACCGGCAUAUGGAAGACCUCUCUCUCUGUCUCUACCUCUCUCUGUAAUUCUGACUUUCAAAUAAAUAAAUCAAAUCUUACAAAAAGGAAAAAAAGGAAUGCGAUAGGAUUAGUGGUUACCUUAGCAGUUUUGCUUUUCUCGUAUUUAAGUCUUAGAAGGGCUUUCUUAUAUCAGCUCCUGUUUAUUCUGGGAGCAGUUUAUAGAAUGCAUCUCAAACAGGAUUUGAGAGAAUGAAUAAGCCCCUCCCCUUUUUAACCAUGACCUCCCCCUCAGAAGUAAAGGAAUUAUUCUUGGCAGCCUUUAGCCAUGCACCUGCAGUAUUCGCUUUGACAAGUGACCUCACCUCUCUGAGCAAUGGUUUUCGGGUCUACUGAGUAAAACAGGGAUAGGUGGGAAAUGGCUUAGAGGGACCUGUCGCUUGCUUGUCUUCAGGUCAUCCUGCCUUAGGCCAGCGAAUGAAUGAGAUGUCCUCUCAUCUGUUACGGCUGGCAUGAGAUUUAGUACUGAGUUUGUAAUUUAAAAAAUGAUAAUGAUGUUAUGCUACAAAAUAACACAUACUGAAGGCAAAUUAGCCAGCUCUGUCUUUAGGACAUUAGGAAGAAGUAAUAUGCUAUGCUUUUGCAUUAUAGGCAUACAUAAUUAAAAUUAUUUGAGUUCCUUCCAGAUGGCACUAUGAAUUCAAAUGUGCAAUCCACUCGUUAUCACUUAAUUAGAGCACUAGCACUGGGGAUAGUGUAAUUGAUAAUAUGCUGGAGUAGAUUAUUAUAAUGUGAUAAAGUUAUACUGUCUUAUAACUGGACUUACGGAUUGAAACUAGACUAGAUUAAUAACUCCAACAGUGUAUUUAAUUGAAUCUCUAUUCUCAGGAAUGAUUUAUAAAGCAGUAUUGAAUCAUAACCCGUAAACUGAAACAAACUUACUGCACCCUGUAACUUUCUUUGAAAUAAAGUGCAGUUACAGUCGAUGGAAACUGGUGUCCAAAAUACUGUUCUCUGGGAAAGCAAGAUGCAGGCCCUUACUCAGAGCUGUGCUGUCCUACCUGGAAGUAAUAGUGUAGACAUGAAAUACUUCAAGUAGUGCUGAGUAUCUCAUCUGUGACUCAGAUAAUCUAAUCUAAGUCUAGACUAAAAAGCAUUAUACCCAGCAAUGCCAGGGAAGAAUACCCCAGACAUUGAAUUCCUUGAACUUCAGUGACACUGAAGAAAAAAUACUCUUUGUGGUUAUUACAAUUUUCUUCCUCAAGAGAUCAUCUUGUAAUAAUCAGUUUAUUGCCAAUAACACUUCAGAACUCUGAGUGUUAGACUGUGUGUAAUACCUUUAGUACUUCCAAAAAUUAGAUGUGGUUUAUAUGGAAAUCUGCUCAUUAAGGGCCUAGUCAGGUUUAUAUUUAAUCUUAUGUUGUUAUAAUUUGUAGUAGUUUUAUCUCUUGAUUUCAUAAUUGCCUCAAAAAUAGUACAAAUAAAAUUUCCCAUUGUUUCAGGAGGGAAAAAAAGGUAAAGAAGAAAGUUCAGGAAUUUUUGUAAAUUCUAGGAACAGAAUUAGAGCUUGACAUGAAUUUUUGGCUUCCCUGCCUCGGAUGUUCCCUAAUCUGUUUUAAAGAAAUGGAGGGGUCAGCGCCGUGGCUCACUUGGUUGAUCUUCCGCCUGUGGCACCGGCAUCCCAUAUGGGCGCUGGUUCUGGUCCUGGUUGCUCCUCUUCCAGUCCAGCUCUCUGCUGUGGCCCAGGAGGGCACUGGAGGAUGGCCCGGAUGCUGGGGCUCCUGCACCCGUGUGGGAGACCAGGAGGAAGCACUUGGCUCCUGGCUUCAGGAUCCGCGUAGCUCCAGCCAAGGUGACCAUUUGUAAAUUAAAAAAAAAAAAAAGAAGAAAUGGAGACCAAACUCCAGGAAGAUAAUGAACACGUAACAAGACUGAUUCGGUACAAGGGACCUUAAAAAAGUUUGUGGAAAAUGGAAUUAAAUGAAAAAAUUUGAGAUCCAUGCAUAUAAGAAAUCUUCAAAAAGUUUGUUGAAAAUAGCAUAUUACUAAAAAAUGCACGAAAUUUUCAAUUUCUUGUAGC